AUGGAGUUAUUUAUAAGAGCAAGUAAUUCAACAAUUUCAAAUCUUCAUCUUAAUGGAAUCAACGAGGGAAGUGGCAUUGAUUACGUUUUCCUAGCGGAAACAGAGUUAUCAAAUAUACGGUUAUUAUACAAUAGUGUCACUAGAAAAGCAGAGUCCCUUGCUACCAAAAGGCAGCUGAUGCUUCUGGACAAAUUUGUCGCACUCUCGCAGGGUGUUUCACUUACUACUUGGGAUCUAUCAGAGAUAGUUAGACUUCAUGACAUUGCUAAGGGCGUCACUUAUAUCCAAGGUCGAAUCGUCCCUAACAACUAUGCAGAUGGCAAUUUUUAUGCGUGUACAAACGCAAGUGACCCUAAUGGAUAUUCCGACAUUCUUCCCGAGCUAGUCUAUUACUCUGGUAUUCCAGAAGCAAAUUGUCUGAAAGUUUACGUCUACGCAAACCUGAUUGAAAAAGGUAGAUAA